UCACUAACACUUCAUAAUUUCACGGUCCUUUUCAACUGCCUGCCACCUCAUUAAUUUAGACUAACGUCCAAAUAAAUAAAGUUAUGAGGUGGAAACUUUAUGUCAUUUAACUGAAUAAAUUUACAUGAUCAGAGCUAGCAAACCCUUAUCCAGAAUGAAAUUCUAACACAAAAUCUGUACAAAGGCCCUUUUGAGGAAACCUCCCAAACAUACCGAGACUGCACUGAAUUCUGAUGACAUUGCUGUGAGACCAAGAAGAAGCAGUGGAAGAGACGGUCACCAUCAUUUUCAGUGUUUUAUUUAAUAGAAAACUUAAUUAGGUACCCUCUUAGGACUUAGAUAAUAUGCGCAGCUAUGCACAUCAUCACAUCUAAUAAUAAAGUUUCUUUUUAAAUUAAUCCAGGCAUGCAAUUGAAAAUUGCUCUGAAACUUGCCUAAACUUGACCACAUCUGAUCGACUUGUACCAUGACGUCCGUCUUGGUAUAAAAGCUAGCAGUUGAUCAGACUGUAAAGCACAAUUUUUCUUGAACGUCUCCCAAAGUUUACUGAAAAUGUGUCUAAAAGUUUUAAUAUUGUUUUUGUCUCUUAGUGGUACGUUAGCCGCUGACGCGUGGAGAAAACCCGGAUGUCAUCGUAUAGGUCAUACGAGGAAUAUCAGCAUACCAGACUGCGUCGAGUUUAAAAUCACGACAAACGCCUGCCGCGGCUUCUGCGAGUCGUGGUCGCUGCCGAGCAUCAUGCUGGGGUACAAGCGGCAUCCAGUCACGUCGUUAGGACAAUGCUGCAAUAUUAUGGAAGCUGAAGAUGUUCCGGUUAAAGUUCUUUGUUUGGACGGAGAAAGAAAUUUAGUGUUUAAAUCAGCAUUAUCUUGUGCUUGUUAUCAUUGCCAAAAAGAAUAAAAUGCGUGUGCCUACUUUACUACUGAAUAUUAAAUUCAAUUAAAAUUGUAUAAAACUCUAUUAAAAUUUAAUGCAUUGGUAAUAAAUUAUUAAUAACCAGGGACUCUUUGCAACAUGUAAGUAGUAGGAGUUAGAAAUCUAAGUAUGUUGUGCAUUUACUUACUUAUUUUCUAAUAUUUUACUGAAGUAACUAUUCAAACUAACAAUAAUUUAUGUU